GGAUGGCAUGCUCAAAUCUCUUAGACUACUGUCUUCUUGCAGAGAGUAUGUUAUCAUAGAUGUUAUUACAGUUUUUUUUUAAGAUAAAUGAUAUUCCUGUAAAUUUCAUGAAAGUCGACGAAGCCUUCAAUUCGACGUGACACCUACUUACAGCCCGUUUGUGGAAAUGUCAACGAGCAAAGAACAAGCGGCUAUAAGUCAAGUAAUGGCUUUCCUUCGUGAAUGGGACCAGGGCAACAAGAUGGUGCGGAGCCGCAUGCUUCAAGAGUUCGUAAAACAGCACCAAGGCAAAACAUGUCCUGCCCUGGAGCUGGAGUUCGCACAAGUUGCCAGUUUAUUCCUUGCAAGGCUUACAGCCUGGUUGAGACUGACAUACAUGUUUGGGACAUGUUUAGGGCUGCAGCUAAAGGCAGUGGGUGUCUUCCUCUCUGCAUCAAGCAAUCAUCGUUAUCUGAUUGAGUUCCUGGAGGUUGGAGGAGUCCUGACCCUCCUGGAGAUCUUGGGUCAGAAUCAGACCAAAGAGGAGGACAAAGCUGAGGCCCUGCAUCUGCUCCAGAUAGUGUCCAACGCUGGACGCAAGUACAAAGAACUCGUCUGUGAAAGCUAUGGUGUGAGAGCCAUUGCUGAGUGCUUGGCUACAUCACAGAUAGAGAGCACUCAGGAAACAGCUCAGUUGCUUCUGGAAUCCCUGGCUCAUGGCAAUCCCAAAUACCAAAACCAGGUGUACAAGGGCCUGAUUGCCCUUCUGCCAUGCACCUCUCCAAAGACACAACAGCUUGUUCUACAGACCCUUCGCGUUGUGCAGGACAUUGUGAAGGUCGCUUACCCGAGUAUUGUUGAACCACUGCUGAAUUCACUCAAAUCUCUGCACCUCGAGGUGCAACAUGAAGCUCUCGAGCUGAUCACUGAGCUGAGGCACUACGAAGUUAGACCAGCCCUGCUCAAGGGUCUGGUUGCUCUGCUGAAACCUGUGAAGGAACGAGUGCAAAAGUACAAGAUCCUGGAAGAUUCAGAAAUGACAAAGAUGACAGAGUCUUUGCCAUUAUUUGUCCAACAAGCUGCUGCUGCUAAAGCCAUAAGGAUGCUGGCUCAGGGGAGUGAGGAGCUCUCCACCGAACUGCUCCAUUUGAGAGUGGUGCACCACCUGCUGUACGCCAUGGGCAACCAGAGCCAUGCAGAUGCCCAGAGACAAGCCAGCCUCGCUUUAGAGCACUUUGUUCAGACCUACCCACUGGUGGAGGAGCAUGUCCGCAGGGCCAUGGGCCAAACACUGUUUCAGUUGUUUAUGUUGAACGCUGAGAUUCUGUACAUGAAGAUGGAUGAAAUCCAAGCUGACAUCUUACACUCAAACAAAGUGAACAUAGCUGAGGCUCUGGAGAAUCAGAAAUCUGACACAGCUAAGGUUUGCGAGCCAUCAUGUUUUCUCAGGUUUUACAAAAUGAGCAAGCUCAGAUCUGCAGUGCAGAAGGGCAAGAAAGUGUCCUUGGAGAACACAGGCACAGUGAAAAGAAGCAAAAGACAAGUGUCUGCUGUUAAAGAAGAGCCAAUAGAAGCAGAAUCUUCCUCUUAUCAUUAUUUCCAGAAUCCAGAGGAUAUUGGGUCUUUCAGGUCCAAUCUUCUGAGCUGGUAUGACCAAACCAAGAGGGAAUUGCCAUGGAGAACGGUGGCCAUGACCGAAAAGGACAUUAAUGUCAGAACAUAUGCAGUGUGGGUGUCCGAAAUCAUGCUUCAGCAAACACAAGUAGCUACAGUGAUCGACUACUAUAACAAGUGGAUGAAGAAGUGGCCUACUGUGGAAAAACUUGCUGAAGCCACACUGGAGGAGGUGAAUCAGAUGUGGGCAGGGCUUGGAUAUUAUUCAAGAGGGAGAAGGCUGCACGAGGGAGCACAAAAGGUGGUUUCAGAGCUGGGAGGAGAAAUGCCCAGGACCCCAGAGCAGCUCUUGAAGCAGCUGCCCGGAGUGGGACGCUACACUGCAGGGGCCAUUAGCUCCAUAGCACUCGGCCAGGUGGCUGGUGCGGUGGAUGGAAAUGUUAUACGUGUCUUGUGUCGUGCCCGGGCCAUUGGGGCAGACAGCACAAGUCCAGCUGUCACUGAAGCACUAUGGAAGAUUGCUGAGACCCUUGUGGACCCACAAAGACCUGGAGACUUUAACCAGUCCAUGAUGGAGCUUGGAGCGCGAGUGUGCACUCCGAAAAACCCACUGUGUAAUCAGUGUCCCGUAAAGACACACUGCCAUGCCUUCAAAAAGGUCAGUGUCAAACAACAAAAGGAAUGCAAGACACUCCAGAGUAAAUUGAAUCCAGCGGUUAAUGGCUCUACUCCAGAUAUUGAAAGUUGUGUGACCACAGGGCCCUGUCAGCUCUGCUUGUCUGAGCCGUGGGACAGUCAGCUGGGAGUGCAGAACUACCCGAGGAAGCCCAGCAAGAAAGCUGCCCGCGUGGAGCGCACCCUGGUCUGUGUGCUGGAGCGGGAGAAAGUAGGAGAGGAGAAAGAGUACCUCCUCUCACAGAGGCCUAGUAAAGGGUUGUUGGCUGGGAUGUGGGAACUGCCAGGUGUGCUUGAGGAGGAGGGAAGCUCAGAAAUGAAACUUAAAAAGAGUCUGUGCGCCGAGGUUGGGAAGCUGCUGGGAGUUCUACUGGACAAAGAGCCUCUGGAGUUCGUGGGGGAGGUCGUCCAUAUUUUUUCACAUAUCCACCAGACAUAUGUUGUCUAUAGUAUGGUGUGUCCAGAUCAUAAAAAUAGAGAGAAGUCAACCGUUCGCUGGAUCACCACAUCUGCUUUGCAAGAGGCUGCUGUUUCAACAGGAGUGAAAAAGAUUAUGAAGCUGUAUGAGUCUAAGAAAAAUCUGAAAGGAGACAAUACCAAGGACAAGAAAAGAAAAGGCUCUGCAUCAAAAGAUGAGAAGAAACCCAAAAAAGUGAAAGAGAGUGGAGGAGGCAAGCAACUCUCUCUCACCAAGUUCUUCUCUCCCUCAAAAACAAACCAAUAAAUGGAGACACUAUCCCUGAUGGCCAGCUGAUCAUAGACAGAAUGUGUAAAGUUGAAAAUGGACUAAUGUUUAACUGAUGAUUAGGCUUUGCUGUGAUAGUCUACACCUUAUCUGCAAAGGUCAUGGAAAAAAUGAACUGCUGUGGUCACCAUCCACUUAAGAGAUGCAUAGGUCCAUGACAUGUGCAUGUCUUUAUAUCAUAAUGUUUUUUUAUAUAUAUAUAAUUGAGAGACAUUCAUUCCCAGUUGAUACUAUAUAUUA